AUGAAUAUUAAAAGUUGCGACAAUUUGCUACACAACUCUGAGCACAUAACAACAUUGCUGUUCAGCAUGGAGGGUCAACUGCUAAGCGCAGCGCGUCCUUACUUGUGGCUCUUUGCAUUGCUAACGCUAGCACCGCCGCCAAUAUUUUACAAGCGCAGCUCACGCAGUCGCGUAUUUAAACGCGCGUUGUACCUCUGCUUUGCCUGCUACACUUGCUGCAUACUGCUGCUGGGCAGCUAUGUGACGUACGUCAAUGUGGUGACACUCUUUAAGGAAAUUGAACUGCUGCAUGUGCAGGACUUUUCGAAUAUGCUGGGCUUGGUGCAAAAGCUGUUCUAUCUUGUCUUAUUAAUUACCAUACAUGUUAACAUGGCCCUGCAGCAUGGCAGGUUGGCUGGCAUUUACAGCCAGAUAGCAGCCUUGGAGCAGCACAUCACAGCAGCUGGUCAACACUACGGCGGCUUGCCUAAGCGCACAAGUUUUCACUAUCGCCUUGCAGCGCGUCUGGGCAGCUGGAUUUUGAUUUGCUUUACUGCAUUUCCGCGUUUUACAGUGCCCGUGCUUAUUAUGGAGUGGCAGGAUAAGAUACUAACCGAAUUUAUUAUGCUGGUGCUGCAAUUCAAGUGUGUGGAAUUUAGUUUGUUUGUUAUUUUAGCUGAAGAGCUGCUGCAGCGUCUACGUCACACGCUGCUGCAGCUGCAACUGGAGCUGAAGCAUUGCGAGCAGUCACAGCUGCUGCACGCCUUGUGCCACGCCCUGCGGCGCAAUCGACAGUUGGUGUCGCAUGUCUGGUUGCUGGUGGGUGAACUGGAAAGCUAUUUUAUGCCGCCAUUGCUGAUCUUCUUUCUGUACAAUGGACAGUCCAUGCUGCAUGUGAUCAAUUGGGCUUACAUACAGGCGCUUAAUCCACACGACUGUUGUCGCUACUGGCGUAUUGGCAAUAUAUUCAUACUGCUGGUCAACAUAUUGGUGCCAUGCCUUAAUAGCCAAAGCUGCAUCAAUACGUACAACAGCUUUAAUCGCACUUUGCAUAAGCUACGCUGUGGUGUGGAUCAGCUUGCUCCAGAGCUCUUAAGCAUGGCCCAGCGCGAAUACAUUUUGCAACAAGAGCAUCUCAAGCUGCAUUUCUCCUGUGGCGGUUUCUUUAACAUUAACUUGAAAUUCUUUGGCGGCACGCUCAUAACGCUCAUUAGUUUUACCAUUAUUUUAAUACAGUUCAAGCUACAACUGCUUUUUGAAAGCAAGCAGUCCAGUCGUAACAGUUAA